CUUUUUUUUCUCGCACAUUUGUCUUCAAAUCUGGUAAACUCCCUCCUUUUUUACUUACUAAUUCAUAGAGGGGGUGCCAUACGUGGGCAAUAAGUUGUCGACAACCUGCACGUGCUCACUUUCCCUCCUUGCAGUCAAUUGUCCCCCAACAAAUAGUUGCACGGCGCGAGUAUAGCUGAUUCCUCAUCACUUCGAACACUCGUUCUGUACGUGGUCGUUUUGCUCGCGUGUACAUCGAGAUGCCAGGCGACUAUAAUAAAGGAACCGUGGUGUCGAAGACGGACAUUGAGGCAGAGGUGCAAACACCGGGCGACACGGCGUCCUGUGCUCGGGAGGUAGCUCUAGAUGCUAAUCCUCGAGGCAAGAGCCGUUGGGAGCGCAGUUGGCCCACCAUUGCCUGCGGUGCUGGACUUUUUUCGGAUGGAUAUUUGAAUGGGAUAAUCGGACCUGUCAACACCAUUCUCAAGAGACUAUAUCCAACGGAGUAUGCAGACUCGCCCGCGAGCCAGAAUGUUUCGUCUAUCACUUUUGUGGGAACAGUGGUUGGUAUGCUUAUAUUCGGUUACACAAGUGACCAUUGGUCGCGCAAAUGGUCUUUGAUGAUUUCCACAAUCAUUCUUUUCAUCUUUGCUGCUCUCUGUGCUGGUGCGUACGGUUAUAAUAACAGCCAUUAUGGUCUAUUUGCCGCACUCACGGCCUAUCGUUUCUUCCUGGGGAUUGGAAUCGGCGGAGAAUACCCUGCCGGCUCUGUUGCCUGUGCGGAGAACACAGGGGAGCUCAAGAAGGGGCAUCGAAACAGAUGGUUUGUUAUGUUUACUAACUUCCAGAUUGACUUCGCUUAUGUCAUUUCUGCUCUGGUCUCCAUGAUCUUGGUUCUAAUUUUUACCGAGGAUCACCUACGUGCAGUCUGGCGCGUUGGGUUGGGACUCGGUGUCAUCCCUCCUCUGAGUCUCAUGUAUCUGCGGUUGAAGCUUGAGGAACCCGAAGAAUUUGACCGAGAGCGCAUGCACACUUUUCCUAUAUGGCUGAUCAUCAAGUUCUAUUGGAAGCGUCUGGCUGUGCUCUCCCUCAUCUGGUUCCUGUAUGAUUUCUCCUCCUACUCCUUCAGUAUCUACUCGUCCGAUUGGAUUGCCAUUAUCUUGGGUGAUAGUGCUCCUCUCUGGAAGAGUUUUGGCUGGACGACCUUGACCUACGCGUUCUAUAUUCCAGGAUCAUUUCUUGGUAGUCUCUCCAGUGACUGGAUCGGGCCCCGCAACACUCUAGUCAUUGGUGUACUUUUCCAGGGUAUUGUCGGAUUCAUCAUGUCAGGUUGCUAUGAAUACCUUUCGACGCCAAAGAAUGUCGCAGCGUUCGUCGUGGUUUUUGGGAUCUUUUCCAGUCUUGGAGAAUUUGGUCCCGGUGAUAACAUCGGUCUAUGCUGCGCAAAGAGCAGCGCAACCGCCGUGAGAGGUCAAUUCUACGCCAUUGCUGCUGCUUUUGGAAAGAUUGGUGCUUUUGUUGGUACCUAUGUAAUUCCGAUUGUGCAGAAGAACGCCCCGAACGCGAUUCGUAAAGGCCAGGAUCCGUUUUUCGUCUCGAGUUCACUUUGCAUCUUCAGCGCCGCACUAGCCUAUUUUCUUUUGCCGCAAAUCGGCCAGGACACGAUCACAGACGAAGAUGCCAAGUUCCGUGCAUACCUCGAGGCUCACGGAUACGACACGAGCUCGAUGGGAACUCACGAGAGACACGAAGAGCAGUAAGCUACACCUACGACCCUGCACUGACUUGUCAAAGUGCACGUUGGGUGCACUACUAUCCAGCAGAGAACCUUGCCCAGUGAGCGCCAUUCGUUUCUUCGCCUGCACGAUAUUUGCAGCCCGUUGACGCCCUUUGCGACAAUUAUCAUGACGAGCCCAAGCGACGAAUGCAGCGGACGCAGACCUAAGCUUCUAAAAGAACCCGAGAGCGAACCCCAAGCGGCAUAUCGCGUGAACGAUGCCCAGAAGCGAGAAGUGAUAAGUUUAUGUUUGCCGUACGGUCACCGAAACAACUUGG